UUUGGAAGUGGAUUAUUAACUUCCGUCAGUUGGCUAUGCGAUUCAGGACCUGCGUGCCUUCCGUUUCUACUACACGUGUACAGCUCACACGCAUACUCGAGCAUGACCGGUGCAGUAUAUUCUGUGGGCAGGCAUUCGCAAAGACCCCCCAAGUCCAACCGGCGCCGGUCGCCGUCGCGCGCCCUAAACAACCAAAAUUCCAAACCCGGCCGGCCCAGUCUCAUCCAUGGCCGCUCUAAUUUAACUAGCUAAGAGCCUAAGGAGUGGUGCUCUGCAGCGUCAUAGUCGCUCAUAUAUACAAGCACGUACAGGCUGGGUGCAGCCGGCGUCGCGCGUGCAUGUCUCUUCCGUCGUCGGCGAUGGCGGAAGGACACGCCGGCGGGCAGCAAGCGGCGGCUGACCGGCGAACCAAGCAGAACCCGCUGUUCGCGGUCCCGAUCAUCCCGGUCGUCCUGUUCAUCGUGGCGCCGUGCGCGCUCUUCUUGUUCACGUCCGACCUGGCGACGCUCCCACGCAUCCGCAUCGAGUACGCCGCCAGCCGGAACGAUGCCGCUCCCGCCGCGCCCACGCCGCCACCGGCGGCUCCAGUCGCUGCCCCUGCGGUGGUCAUUUCAAGAAUCGAGGAGAAGCCGCGGGAGGAGGGGCAAGAGCAACGGUUGCCGCCGCUGCGGCAGCUGACCGACCGGCCGUACUCGCUGGGCCCGUCCGUGCCGGGCUACGACGCGCGCAGAGCGGAGUGGCUGGCCGCGCACCCGGGGUUCCCGGCUUCCGUCGCGCAGGGCCGGCCGCGGGUGCUGGUGGUCACCGGGUCGGCGCCACGCGCGUGCAAGGACCCCACGGGGGACCAUUUACUCCUCCGCGCGUUCAAGAACAAGGUGGACUACUGCCGCGUCCACGGCUUCGACGUCUUCUACAGCAACGCGGUGCUGGACGGCGAGAUGUCCGGGUUCUGGACAAAGCUGCCCUUGCUGCGGUCCCUCAUGGUGGCGCACCCGGAGACGGAGCUCCUCUGGUGGGUGGACUCGGACGUCAUCUUCACCGACAUGCUGUUCGAGCCGCCCUGGGAGAAAUACGCGGGCCACAACCUGGUGCUCCACGGCUGGGACGAGGCCGUGUACGGCUUCAAGGACUGGCUCGGCGUCAACGCCGGCAGCUUCGUGAUCCGGAACUGCCAGUGGUCGCUCGACCUGCUGGACGCCUGGGCGCGCAUGGGGCCCCGCGGGCCCGUGCGCGACAAGUACGGGAAGAUCUUCGGCGACGCGCUCUCCAACCGGGGAGCCUACGAGGCCGACGACCAGUCGGCGAUCGUGUACCUGCUGGUGACGGAGCGGGCGAAGUGGGGCGACAAGGUGUUCCUGGAGAGCUCCUACCUCCUGCACGGAUUCUGGGUGAGCAUCGUGGACAAGUACGAGGAGAUGCGGAGCAAAGGGCGGCCGGGGCUCGGCGACGAACGGUGGCCGCUCGUCACGCACUUCGUCGGGUGCAAGCCGUGCAGCGGGGAAGGCGCCACCUACGAGGCCGCGAGGUGCCGGCGCGGGAUGGAGCGCGCACUCAAUUUCGCCGACGACCAGAUACUCAAGCUCUACGGGUUCCAGCACGAGUCGCUCAACACCACGGCCGUGCGGCGUGUCAGGAAUGAGGCCGGCCGGCCGUUGGACGCGGACGACGAGGAGAUCGGCCGGCUCUUGCACCCACCGUUCAGGGCCGCCAAGCACUUGUGAUCAAGCAGGAUUUUUGAGGUAGCUUGGACCAAAACGUGCGAACAUAUCGGGCCCUGUUGCAGACAAAAUUUUCUGCAUGUAUGUAAACACCAAUCAUGCGCUUCAGUUGUGAAAUGUGAGGUCAUGUUUUUCCUUUUUUGACAGCAAAAUGUGAGGUCAUGUUUUUCCUUUUUUGACACCAAAAUGUGAGGCCAUGUUAGUAACCCUCUCAUUACCGAAAAAUAUGUUAAUGACAUCAAAAUGAUCUGAGCUUU